AUGGUCACCUGCUCCCUGCUGGGCUCCCUGCGUGUCUGCCUGGAGCGACACCCACCUCUGGUCACCUUCUUCUUUUGCCUCCUUUCGUUGGCUGUUGCCUUUGUUGGUUUUGCUGCCUACAUCCAGUCACAUGAUGUUCAGAAUCCCGAUGUCAAAGAGGUGAGCUAGAGAUGAUCACCUUAAGUAGAAAAUCAGACCAAAAUGCUGGGGAUGGAAUUGGGUUGUGGCUGUAAAGCACGCAUGAGAGACUUUAGGAGGCAGUGGUGGGUGCUCUGCCUUCUUGGUCUCUUACUAACUGUUUAGGCUCAGCAACUGAAUGGUUCUCUGACUGAAACUUUCAGAAUGGUUGGGUAUCUUCUUGGAUGGAAUGCACAGAAUGUCCCUAACAAUUAUGGGCUGUGACGGGUAUGUUGGGAGUUCAUUGUAGAGGCAGACUUGUGUGAUUUAUCUUUUGGCAAUUGUUUUUAUUUAUUUCCAUUUUCUAACAGACUUGAGAGAUUUACCCGAAUUUGAACAGCUGCAUUGAUUUGCUCUCAAAAAUAGUGUUGCCUGUGUUGGCUGCUGUUAUCAUACCAUAAGGACCCAAGCUAAACAUUCAUGAAUUACAGAGGGUUGGGUGUUGUUGGUUUUUACAAAUACGCUAUAAGAAGCUGUCAUUGAAAAGAUAGUCCUGAAUGGUUACUAUCAGAAGAAGUGGCGAGCAAAAGAAUAGGAUAUUCUACAGUACAAAAUUUUAAAUUAGUAGGUGCAGCUAUAUCUGAAAUAUUCAACGAUCCGGGUGUUCUGAGAUGUUUUAUGGUACUUUUAAAAUACAGUUCCCAUCUUUCAAUUUUCUAGCUGUUAAAAGCAAAAGGGAAUUUUUAGAGGCACGAUUGGGUGAAAUUGGAAAGGUACUUUAAAAGGCAGAAGCAAAUGAAAAAAUUGCAAUCAAGAGAAUAGAAUCAACUAAGAGUCAAUUCUCAUUCCUUUUCCCUCCCUCAUCUCUAAGGACUGGAAUUCUCUGCUAAAGUCUCUGGCACACUUAAUGUUCUGUAUCCCAAAUAAGACGCAGGAAAGUGCCUUGACACCAGCUCCCUCCACAACCACUGCUGAGACCCCUACAACAGUCUCUGUCAUGGUUGCCUUGACCUUUGACCUCCACAAUGGCACAGAUCCUCCCAAUGGUACACGCCUAGGUCUGACAGUCACUGGGGAAAAACUGGGUCUCAAGGGUGAGUGAUCUCCUGACCAAUUGCAACAUCCUCCCAAAGAUUUCAGGAACUCUGGUUCCGUGUCCGUCUCCCCUUGACCUUUCCUUCCAUCAACUCCAACCACAGGUCCAGAUGCCCAGGAAUCAAUCCACUUCCUGACUAUCAUCACGAACUCAGUCUCCCAUGAGAACUGCCUUAGCAUCACUGCACCUUCAUCCCUUCUCCCCAAGACCAGGUGAGCCAAGAGAUUUAGUUUCAAGGAGUUCUUAACCCAUUAAUGCAAUACUCCCAUCUUGUCCCCAGACAACCACCUAAAUGUGUGAUAGAGGAAUGGGACAUGCAUCAAGAAGAGAAAGGAAUUUGUUACCAGCCACAUUACCAGGCUAAUCCUGCCCUGUCCAGCAUGCUGGAUCAGGUAAGAUGAAUGUGGGCAGUGACAUUAUCUGGACCUGGGGAUUCUGGGUUUCUUCAGGAUGCAAGCUGGAUUAUAAGGGGAGGAGCAUUCACUGUUGCACUCCUUUCACUCCCAGGCGGAUCGUGCCCUCUGCAGCCAGCGGCUCCUGAUGACCAGUGCUUUCCUUCUCUGCCUCUGUGCCAUGCUAUGUUGUGCAGCUGGCCUGUGCUAUCCUAACCCCAGAGACAAGUGGGGGCAAAUCUAAGCAGGUCUAGCAAAUGCCGGACCUGUACUGCAGCAAAGCCAGGUAGCCUGCCCAUUUGCCCUGCUUUUUCCAAGCACCUGGAUCAUGCAACGAUACCAUAUUUCAGAUCUGAAAUUAGCCCAUGUACUGUUGUGACAGCUGAGCUGUGAAUAAGAGUUUAACUGCUAUCUUGGUUCACUGUGGGGUGACUAUAUGAACCCCUAUGAGAGCGGAUGGUGCAAUAAAUAACAUACAAAUGAUAGGAGUAUUUGUUUUUUGUAUUGUAAGUGGCUGUACCAGUGACACAAAUUGAAUUGUGUAGUAUUUCUCAGGUAGUUACUGAAGGAGCUUCACGUGUGGUUGAGUAGGUUAAUGACUACCGUAGCAUUAUCCUAAAUGGGAUUACCAUGCCUUUGCCAGUAAAUAUUCUGUUAGAAUUAGGAGCUUUGGCUACAGGUUAACAUAAUUUCAUUUUUAAAAAAUAAUUUAAAUUAAAAACCAGUAUAUAACAUGGUAUCAUUGAUCAAUGGGGUCAGGGAAUGUGAUCAUAAGAAACCCAAUGUUAUUUCUUGCUGGUGUGAGUUGUGUCAUGGUUUGCUUGUUUAUUGUUUGUGUUUUAUGUAUUUAUUUCCCACUUUUUAAUCAAAAGAUGCACAAAACACCUUACAACAUUCAGAUUAAGAGCAGAGAAGAGUAAUUAAAAUAGAAAUAUUAAAAACUCACUGGAGUCUUCUAUGACUGCUUAAAGGUGAAAUGAAAGCAGCCCAGCAGAUCUCAACAGGAAGGGCAUUCCACCAUUACGGGAUAACCACUGAGGUUUUAUCUCAAAUACCCACCCAAGGUUCAAGAGCAGAGCAUCUGAAGCUGACAUAUAGCCUACCCCAUCCCAAAGACUUUACCUUAUCUCUGUCUCAUCAAGACAGUUUUAAUGUUUAACAUCUUACAUCAAAAGUUCAGAAGAUUCACAGGCAAGGACUUUGGUGAGUCAGGGUUAGGGGGAGAAGAUCCUUUUUCAUAACCACCUCCCUAAUGUAAGGUGGAGGAGGGUCUGAAAUGUGUGCAAUUCUGGAUCCUACUUCCUAACUGGAGCUGGCUUACAGGCCUCAUUCCUUUGAGCCUGAAGCAUUCAACCUGGACUCCCUGCCUUUGGCAGAGAAGUGAUCAUGGCACAGCGAUGCUAGCGGAAUGCUGGGUACGCCUUAACUCUUUACAUGAGUCACCCAUUGGAAAGGAAGGGAUCUUCCAGGGCAUUCCUUUCUACCAUGACAGUAAUCUCUCAUUAAUGUUAAAGGGAUCACGAGAUGCCAUCCUUUUGUACAUAAAAUCACAAUUUUCAUUGUGAUUUCAUUUCAUGUCAUUGAUUCCAACUUACGGGUUACUGAUAGGCAAUUCAACCCAGGUUUCAGCAAACUGCACUACCAAAUAGGAGAAUCAGUUAGAGGUGCCUGAACCAAAAUUUGGCCAGCCAUUUAAAAUUAAUGUGUGAAAUUCAGUCACACCACCUCUGCUGCUUCUGAGUCUUUGUGUCCCUAUCCCCCUACUUGCCAGGCUCACAGUGCUGCAGUGACAGCAGAAGCCAUAACUGGUAGAAUGUCUCUGGCUACACAUAGCAACCCAGUUCCCCCUUGGCUGCUCCCUUCCUUCCUGUGUAAAGUACCAGACCCUCCUGUCUCUAGCCCUCCUUUUCCAACUCCAUGACCCUACCACCCAUUGCUUCCUCAGGCCACGGCUUGUCAGGCCACUGCCUACUUUGUUCCCCUUCCUUUCUCUACCAUGUUUCUAGAUCAGGGGUUCCCAAACUGCACUUCACGGGACACACACACACACACUUCAUUCAGGUGAUCCAUGGCAUGAUCUGUGGCUACUAAAAACAAGAGAUGGCAUAUCCACUGCAUUAAAUACUCAUAUUGAUUUUAAUUGUCUUUCUUCUGUGUUGUAUUGUAUUAUAUUGUAUUACAGUUUGAAUUCUAUAAAAUUGUAAUGCACAGUGUAUUACAGUUGCUAAACAAGCAGAAAAACCAUUAAGUGAUCCACCAAGAUGCUAAGCAGUUUUCAAGUAGACCACGGAUGUGAAGUUUGGAAACCACUGUUCUAGAUCACUCUAUUUCUCCUUCCAUCUGCCACAUAAAAAUCUACUCAUCUUAUCCUUGUUGCCCUUUCAUGUCUCAAUUCCCUCUUUCUUCCCCUACCUCCAGGCUCCUCCUCCUCCUUUUUCUUAUUUAUUCAAUCAACUAGUUACUUUUUUGCCAUGGGAACGCAAAGUGACUUACAAUAUUUUAAUAAAAAAACAAAUACAUGGUGUUAUAGAACUUUGGGGGGGGUCCCCCGGGGGUAGGAGGAGGAAGUAAGGCUGAGAUCCAUCUUGGAGAAGGAGAUGAAAGAGUCUCCUGCACUGCUGUGGACCAUGCUGUAAAAUCUGGACUCCCUUCAGGCAGACUGAAGGUGUAAAUAGGCGAAUAAACCCUCUUUCUUAAAGCACAACAGUCUCCACCUUGUCUUCUGUUCUCCAAAGGGACACAGACCCUGUGUGUGUGCCUUUGGCCGCAAGUGCUCUGGCCACUGCUGGGUGGAGGGAGGGCAGGCACCGGCCUAUUGUAACAAUACAUUAACAUCUUAAUUUUUUAAAAAAAUCUGCGUUGAAAAAAGAAGCCACUUUCUCCACUCUGCCCCUUCAUUCAGCUUCCUUGCCUUGGGGCUCCCUGUCCAUUAGCUUCUCUACCUCCUCUCAGGGCCAUCACAAUCUUCAACCAUUCCCCUGCGAUGUUUUAAUGAAUCCCUCCCAACCAACCAACCCCCUUUUCCUCACAGAAGGUGGACCACGAUCUGCUCUGAACUGUCCCAGCCAAUGCACCAGCCCAGCCAAUCAGUGUCCGAGACGUCACCGGGCUUAACAAUGUACAGGCUGUGCUGCAUUAGCAUCCGCGGAGUCAACAAGCGAGGCCAAAUCACGUGACACUGUGGGGAGGGGGUUGUUCCAGAGCAGGUAGAGCCUUUCGGUUUUGUGAAGAUUUUUUGGAGUGUUUCUAUUUUGCCGCCUUUUCAUUUUUGCUUGUUUGGGGGGGUUUUAAAUUUACGGCCAAAAGGGCGUACGAUUUAUUCCGCCGCCGCCCCCUUGAGAAAGGGCGGUUAUAGCUCGCCUUGGUCCCAAUUGCGCAGGUGCCAAGGUGCUGCUGUUCCCAUAUAAGGCGAGGGAAACCGCGCGGCACCUGAACAUUCCGUCGAGUGAGGGGAGCCUGACCCCGCCCUCCUCCAGAGGGGUUCGGGCGAGGGCCCGCGCGCUCGUUCAGUGACGCUUUAACGGUCGCCCACAGCGUCCUUUAUUCCUCCCCCUCCCCUUCGACAGCUGUCGUCCCUUCGCCUGUUUCCUAUGCGCGCGCGCCUGUUUUUUCGGAAUCCUGCCCCAGUAACAGCUGAGCGCCAGAAGCUCCGCCCCCAACAACGCCAAGCUACCAAUCACAUCCCGCCUCCACCGUAUGUCCCAAUCAACACUGGUUGGAGGGCAUGUGCCGUCCCAAUCGGACUCCUUUCAUUGAACAGCUCUUUCCCCUCUCAGCCAACCAGAACGCCGACCUCCUUGUUUGCCCUCGCCCUUCCCGAAGCCCCGCCUCCUCCAAGCCCGGCGCGGCUUGCUCGCCCCUAGGCCCGGUUCCAGACAUCCGCCCGCACUCUCUUCGUGUUGUCAAGGAAAGCCACAGUUCCGCCCAUCAACGCCGCAGCAACCCAAUGAACGCUGGGCCCUCGCGAACGACUCGGCUCGCUCGCUCGCUCCCUUUUAUUAGUGCACAUGCGCUGUGUCUCAUUCAGCAACACCUUGUUUCCUCACAGCUCAUGCUCGGUUAACUCUCUCUCUCUCUCCAGAACGCCCUUACCAAGGCGCAAGUCGUACGCUACGUCUCCGCUCCGCUCUACGCAUGCGGCCGUUCCUUGGCUUCGGAAAGGCGUUCGGCGCGUGUCCAGUCCGCGGCGCAUGCGGCUUUCUCCCGGCUCCCUCCCACGGCUCACUGCGCGUGCGCCCUCUCCUCCGCCGCGCGCCGCCGCCUCUGCGCAUGCGCCCAGGCUUCUCUCUGCCUUGGUUCCGGUCUGGCUCCUGCCUUGGGCGCCAUCUUGGAUUUGGGGACAACUGGAGUGAGUGAGUGAGUGAGAAGGCAGAGGAGCCCGAGGAGGCGAGAGAGGGGAGGGGGGGCCGGAUAGCGCCAGGCCCCCCAUCCCCACAGUACUCCACAUCACCGACCCCACCCUCUGCCGUAGAGAGGUAGCCCCUCCCUUCCCCCAGCCCCCCGCCCCGCAGGGCUCCCUGGACGUUGGAGGAUUUCUGGGGCUCCUGGAGGACCAGCCCGCCCCCGUCCGCCCGCCCCGCCCCGGCCCCUCCUGACCCCCCGCCCCAGUUUCCCCGUGAGGGCGGUGGCGCGUUCCGCUUCGGAGGUGCAAGCCUGAGUCCCCUCCGCAUCCAUUACCUGUGGGUCCUUUAUAGCUCACCCCACCUGAAAUAUAUGACAGGGGCUGCGACGUCCCACUUAGCCCGCGUCUUCCUUCCCUUAAUAGGCUUCCCAAAGAGUCGUCUGUCGGUAGGGCCUCUUGUCUGAGAGAGAUUUCCCCUCCUCUAAAUUGGGAUAUUCUCUCUUCUCCUCCCUUCCCCCCCCCACUGCCCUGAAGAGUCUCCGUAGAAUUGGGUCUGCUGGGAGACUCCUCAUUCACCUUUUCAAAGGGAUGCCCCCAUCCUUCCCCUUUAAGUAGAGCCCCCUGCACGUCUUCGCUUCUGCGGAUCCUUUCUUCCCUAGCCAAGCCAGAGAGAGGGAGAUACUCUAGGUGCCCUAUGUCUCCUACGCAGAGGCCUCCCUCGUCCAGGGGAGCCAGUGACAGUUCCCUCUAAACCCUCUUCCUUGAUUGGAGGAGUUGGGGAAGAGGAGGAGGAGGUCGGGGGUGUACUCCCCACCCCCAAUAUCCUGGAGCUGGAGCCGCAAGGGGAACAGUAUCAAGGCAGCUGCCGAGGCUUACAGGUGAGACCUGAACGUACUGAUACAGGGGAGAGGUGAAGGGAUGUGUGUUUUGGUGGUGGUGUGGGGAGGCUGGGAAGAUAACAGAAGGUGAACGCUUGCAGAACAAAGAGGUUGUAUGCACCAAUUUUGUGGAAAUCCGAUUUUCUUUCUGUCUGCUUCCCCCGCCUUCCCCCAACAAUCAUGCCUCCUAUGUUGAGAAGCACACGCCCUCCCACCCCACCCCGAACUCAUUUUCUUCUUCUAAAGGCUUAAUGAAGGAGUAGCAACUUGCAGCUUUCCCCUGCCACAUCUGGGCCCCACUUCUCUCUUCUGGAGAAGCCAGGAGUUCUGUUCACCAGAACAUGGAUCCUGGGUUUCCAUUCUGCCACCUCAAAUCCUUGUCUUCUUUUUAUUGAGAAUAAAAGCUGACACCACCACCCCCAUCCCUCCCAAAAACCUCCUUUGCAACCUAGCAAUUGCAUCUCACUAUGACUGCUAGACUCAUUUCUUGACUAUGCAACUAAGAGCCCCUGGCUCCUAGUCCUGUUCCUCUCCAUUAGGUCUUGUUCAGCUUUUAAGGAAACCUAGAGGCCUGUUUUUAUGCCCUUAAAUAUUUGAUGACAAGAUUGGGGAUGUAGGUGUUAUCAAGGUAGGUUAACAUGAUGGACUACUGUUGGCUUCCCUAGGAAUCAUCAUUCAGGCUGAAACUUUGUUGUAAAUAUUGAGCAUGCAACCAGGAGUGAAUUUUGGGGAAAUGGGAUGAUUGCCCUUGGCUUGUGGUCUGGGGUUGGAUUUUAAUGUAGCACGCUACCAAAAGUUUUGUAUGUGUGUUUUUAAUGGGUUAGGAGGAAGACAUGGUGGAACUGUAUUUGGUUGCAGGGGUGCUUCACACAGAUACUGCAGAGUAAUGAGGUUUAACAUGACCACUUGGAAGGAAGGAGGAUGAAUGGCUUGUCCUAAAUGCUGGAUGGUGUUCAAUUUGACAUCCUUUUAAGCUACAGGGACCACUUCCCACUGGGCCUGCUCUUUUUGUAUUCUGAGGGGAAACCAGAAAAGGAUUUAAUGUCAAAGAAACCCAUUUUCCACAGAGAGGAAAAUAAAAUUCAGCAUUCAAUAUAACACUGUACAAAAAAUUCAAUUCUGUUAAUAUGCAGGAGUUUCACAUUUAAUUCAGAGUUUUAGGUAAAUUGAGCAUUAUUUAGUACUUGGUGGUGUGAAGGUGCUGUUAGGAGGCAGUAUCUAUAAGCAGUGGGGUAUGAGAAAACCAGUACUGUAUUCCUUGAGCAAUGGCAGUUGUCUGUUUCUCUCCCCCUGCCCACCCUGUGGACCAGGAUUGUUUUCAGAUAUCUCUCUAGAAAAAUGCGGGCUAGUACCUUUAAAGAAGAGGUCUUCAGCAGUCUAGAUUUCUGUACAUGUCACAUCUCAGAAGAUCAAUUAAUGAAUGAUGGCAUGUUUAUCAAGCCCAUUAACACAAAGCACACAAGUUUCAAGACCUCCACUUUCAUGGAUUGUAUUGCUGCUUGACCUGGGUCAAAAAAUGGGAGUUGGGAAUAUUACCACCUCAAGGGAUUGCACAUUUCUCUGGGACAUACCAAUUUAAGGUAGGAAUUUAAAAUGAGUCUGAGAAUAAGGGGUGUUUUUUGUGGUGUGCAUCCAACAAUUUUCAUCGUAGCUUGAACAUCAUUCCAGAAGGUUUCAGGAAAGGUUUUGUGUGGCAUGCUUCUAUCAAGGAUGAGUAAGAGUCCUUGAGAGCUAUGUUGCUUUUGGGGCUCCUCCAUCCACUGUCCUAAUAGGCAGUAGUUUUAUCAUGCAAGAUGGGGCCCAGUAUCUACUUGGUUGCUUUUUGACAAAGCUUUUCCUGUGAUAUUUUUUUGAAGGCUCUUUCUGAAGUGCUUGGCCACCAAGAUAAUGGGAUAAAUUGCUUUUCUUUUGUUGACAGGAGCUCCUCAGACUUUUAACCCAGCUGAUUCUCUCUUGUGGCCAGUAACACUCUUAUUUUAGUCUGUUUAGUUGGGGACAGCCUUGCAAAUGAAUGCCCCAAAGUUACUAAUCUGUCCACAUAUGUUUAUUCGGUCAUUUCAAUUAUAUCAAGAGCUCAAAAGAAAGGAAAAGAACCAACACUUUUUCCAGUUUCUCUGACUUACAGCACACUUCUGUGACAAGUUGGAAACAUGUCCUGUUGAGUUCAGUGGGGCUUAUUCCCAUGUAAGUGAGGUUAGAAUUGCAGCCCCAUUCCUCUAAUACACAUGUCCAUUUAAAACCCUGGUUCUGCCCCUGUUGCUACAAAGAGCAUGACUUCUCAAUGAGCAUUUAGGAUUUUUCCUUUGCUGGAUUCCCCCCACCUAUGUUCUUGAUUAUAAUACACUUACUUCCAGUAAUCUAAAACAGAAUCAUGAGCCUCCUUUCAGCUGGACAUGUCAUCAUGAGAGAAGUUUUAUCCUGGAAUAUUCAGAUGUUUUUUUUUAAAAGAUGAUUAUGAUGGUGUAACAAAAGUGUUGCUUUGAGCCAAAGGACUGCAAACAAGCCAACCCAGACUAAGAAUAAAAGCAUCCUACCCCUCUUGCCCAGGCACUACUUAGGGGAGGUGGAAUUGUUUCUAUAUUUGUGGCUGCUGAUUCUGCCUCUUUUUGCACAUCUCACCACGAUGUGACAUAAAAUAAUAAUUGGUAACACUCUUUGGUCAGAUAAAUUUAACAGCCCAAAGUUUCUAACUUUGAUCUUGUCCUUUGUCAGAGAAUACGUUGUUAAGAAGAGCUGGCAAGCAGAGGAAUGUCUGAAAGGACACAUGUAGAAGCUUGAGAUACGAUUAGAACUUCUCUCUUUCACACACGCACACCCCACCCCCUCGACACAUACAAAAGUUCCCCUUUAGACACUAUGGAGGACUUGCGAAAAGUGGAAGUGCUUUCUAUAACAUCCAACACCAGUCUUGUUUUCUGCCUUUAGUUUUCAGUUGAAUCUGGUUUGGUGAGAGUCUGUCUUAUGUACGUCUCAUGACUACAGGCCUUUCCAUGGGCUUAACAUAUGUGACAGGGUAUGCAAAACUAAAUCACCUCAGUAGUCUGGACAAAUGCAAUAUUUUCUUCCGGCCGGCGAAGGGCAUUUGUUAAGGUAACUGAACUCCUUCCAAUUCUUUCUUAAAAUAGUUUUCUAAUGGUUGCAGCAAAAUCUCUGGAAAUUACUGCAUUGUGUUCUCAAAGCAUUAUUUUCUGUCAUGCUGUUGUGGUAGAAUACAACCCCUAGGGCUUGCUUCUGAGUUACCCACAGGUUACUCAGUAAGCCCUGUAUUCUUCCAGCACAGAAGGAAUUGGUAGUGCGGGGGAGAAGACCCCCUGGAAUGAAAGCAUCCUAGAACCUCUGAAAGGAAAGAGGCCAGGACAGGGUAUUUCAUAAUAUUUAGGAAAGAGACUUUAAGGCUGGAGUCCAUUUACCUGGAGUAAGCCCCAUUGAAUUCAGAAGGGCUUAGGUCUAAGUAGGCGUGUAGGAUGGCACUGUAUGAUUUGUAACCCUGUAUACUUAAUUGAGAUGAACCCCACUGAGCACUGUAGGAGUUGCUUCUGAGUAAACAUUCAAAGGAUUGUGCUGCCUGGGAAGCAAGGACUAGGAAGCAGUAACAGAACAGAGAUGUGCUUCUGUGGACCCAGGAUGCUGUAGCUUUGCUGAAGCUAAGCAGGUCUGGGCCUGGUUAGUUCCUGGAUGGCAAGAGUGCCUGGGGACUUGAGUUCCAUGCUGGAAAAAAGACAGGAUAUACAUCUAUUAAAUAUAGAAAUUGCUGCCAUAAUUUUUAAUAAGCAAUUUAUAAUCCUUGUAGUUGCAGUGCAAAGCCAGCAAAUAUGAAGAGGGCAGCAACAGGUGAAGGGCAGCUCUUCUGCUGUUUUGUGGCUGGAGCUUUAAUGCGUUUCCUAGGUUUCUAUCAAGAGGUUAUCCAAAUGGGCUACGUGUGAAUAUUUUGGAGGCUUAAGUAAGGAGAAGGGAUCAGAAGCCCUUUGUGGAGGUGCAGCGGCUUCCCCUGAGUAAGUUCAACAAACUGGACCAGAGUUUGUCCUUUCUUUCAUUCUGUGAUAGUAUUUCAUUGCCCAUUGGUGGUAUUUGGCACAAUGGGCAAUGUCUAAAAGCAUUUACUGGGCCAGUGAAGAAAGAAAGAAAACCCACAACUUGCUUCUCUGCCACUACCACAAAGGACAGUGGCUAACAUUUGGAGAUUGGGAGCAGUCCAGACGUUGUGGCUUCCAGUGUUGCAGGCAGGUGAUCUUUAGGCCUCUUGAUUUUGGGUGUGUGGAAAGAUCCACAUGUGCCACAACUGUGGCACUAUCCCGCUUUCAAAUACUUAAAGCCCACCUGUGGGUAUUGGAUAAUUCUGCCCCCUUCCUCUCUAGGUUCAGAUGGCUCUUCCUUGCUCCAUAUCCCCACCGCUGAUGAUGUUUUGCAAUAGGGAGAACCUGAUGGAGUUUAUAUGUUCUUCACUUUUUAAUGGGACUCCAGCAGCCUAAUGCUACCGUCUCCUAGUGUAUCUGUUUUCACCUGCAAUUUAAUGACUUUAUGUUUGUGGAAAGUCUGCCUUAGGAUUUUACAUUUCACUGUUGCCAAGUGUCUGCUGUCAUAAGUUACUUAGCUUUAAUUGCCAAGUUAGGCCUGAGGCCUCCUGACCACUUCUCUUAAGACUUUCCCCUAACCAGCUUUCACUGUAUAUUGUUUCACUGAUUAAACCCAGAAUAAUCAGGCUGUUCUUUUAGUUCUUCUGUUUACUUUAAUCUCUGUAUCUUAAAGAAUGCAGUGUAAACAGCUCAAUGCUUGAUAUAUUUCAGGUGGUAAAAUAGAGUAGAAGCAACCUCACCAAUUUUGGCUUUCCAAGCACACAUAACAAUCCCAGCAGCUUUUGAGGAAAAACCCUUAUUAGUAGAUGGGGUACAGUGGCAAUCACUUGGGGUGGACAUUGGUAUACUAGGUAAUGCAUUUUUGUUCCUUUUUCCUGCACGGUUGAGCCCAUCAUUGUCAACCUACUUAGCAUGUUGGCAUCCCCAGCUAAAUAAAUAAGCUUGUUGCUACUCCCUGUCAGAAAUCUGGUACCGCUCUUUGCCAUCCAGGCAUAUGAGGUGCAUUUUCUUCAGGAGAUCCUCAAGUUACAUCCUCAGUUUGUGAAAAUGAACAGAAGAAUUCAGGAUCACUAUCUGCAGUUCUCUAAAUUGUAGUAGCUGGAAAGCCAUUAAGGUCAAGGGUCCAUCUCCCAGCCUUUGAAUAGACACUUAAUUUUUUACAACAUGUCCGUCCACCCACCCUUGGCAAAUGUCAUUCUGGGUAGCGUGUUCUGCAAGCAGAUUGUUGAAACUGGCAGCAGGUCCUGUGUCAGAGCUUCCUGACUAAUUUUCAUAACUCACUGUAGCUGGAUUGAGCAAGUGAGCCAAAGCACAUGCUAUAGAAAAAGCAAGGUGUAUUGUUUGUCCUGGGUGGUUAACUCCUUUCCAAAUGUGCUUAUCCGGUACAGCAGGGAUGAGGAACCUUUUUUAGCCCAAUGGCUGCUUUCCCUUCUAGGCAGCCUUCUGAGGGUCACAUGCUGGUGGUGCACAGGGACGGAGGCAAAAGCGGGCAGAACAACCUUUGAACAGUAGGUUAGUUUCUACGAAAAACUCACACUCCCCUUUCUCUUUCUGCCAUCCAGGCAAGCAAGAGGCAUUAUCAGAGUUCAAAGACACCUUCCAGCCGGGCAGAAACACACAGGCAGUCAAGCAGGGCCAGUGAGAGCUGUUGCCUGGGGAGAGGGGAAUGCCUGGGAAAAGUUCUGAGGGCCAGAUAGAGAGGCCUGAGGGGCCUGAGGUUCCCCACCCCUGUGUUACACUCUGCAGUUGAGAAGAAAUCCUUAAGCCUGCCUUCAGGAGUGCUCUUAACCCUCUAGCACAGGUCCUUUUUAAUAGUUAUAUUACAGUUAUUAAAGAUUAUAUAUUCUUUUUGUGUUUAUUGGAAGUGUCUUGUGCAUUCAUGUAAGUGCCAUGAGAACUACUGGAAAAGUGGCAUAGAAGUAUGCUGGCAAAUGGUAACUGCUGCUUUCUGUGUCUAAUUGCAGCCUCCCAAAGCUUCAGCAGAAGCACAAAAUAUUGCACGACUCUUUAAGAGUCACAGGCCUAUAAACUGGUUCCACUUUUAGUCUGCACAUCUUGGGUCAAAUGUGACAUCCAGACCUGCUGAUGAUGACCUGAAAGCAGGUCUACUGUUCCAUGUUGGGUGAGAGCCUGAUCUACUUUUGCAGAUCCUUUUUGCAGACGAUACAGCUUAUGCUGCAGGGGGCAUUUCUUUCUGUGUAAGGAGUAGCCCUAGAUGACUUCUCUGAAUUCAUUGUAUAACCCUGUUCCGUUGACGUUAGCCUGGAACCUCAAAACCAAACUUGAGAGGUUAAAUUCUGUGCACUGCUUAGUGAAGUGAGGUACAGCAGAAGGAUGCCUUCCCACCCGCAUUACUGCUGCCAGGCUGGCCUUGUGAUUUGCCUUUUUGCUUUGGAUUGUUCCCUGGGAAGCAACUGAACAAUGCAAGGAUUUCCUCUCGCUGACAUGGCCUGCCUGCAGGCUCUUGAUUUCCUUGUUUUUCUGUUCAUUGGGUGGAGGAGGGGAAUUAGUUCAAUGAGCUCUGCCCAUCCCAGAAGGUGAAGAGGUACCCCAAGAAACUUGUUUUGGCAAACGGGGUUUAGAUGCAGGUUGGUGCUCCUCAAAAGGCAAAGGCCACGGGCCUUGUUUUUCUAAUGUUCAUCUAGCCAGCCUGGCCUGACCCAUUCCCAUAGGCAAAGACUCCAGGGGGUUACAUCCAGCUGACUAAUGUCAAGGGCAAGGAAUGGAUCCGCAGUCUAGACAUACAAGAUGUUUUAGCCUAUAUGAAUACCCUGCUGGUUCAUUCAGCUGAUGGAGUCCUGCAAAGGAUCACUGUGGAGUUUUGCAGCCUGCAGAGGUGGUAUUGGGGGGGGGGAGUAGCUGGUGCCAACUUUUACAGACCUCUUUCUUGCCUUUUGUGUUGAGCAAAGAUGAAGAGUGCCCAGCCUGCCAGGGUGUGAUUAGCAAUAAGGUCAGAAUAGUGGCUUAUACCUGCAUUAAGCAUAGACUCCAAAAUAGUGAGGUUCCCCCUCUGGGAAGCAGGGUACCCAUGUUGGGAGUGUCUCCCUUGGGCCAGGGUGGGAGGCAGCAUGGCUGUCCACCUGUCUUCCCAUUUAGUGUAGGGUCAUAGGUUGCAGCUACUGCAAGCGGCAAACACAUUCUCCUGCUGAAGGAUCUCUCCCAGGGAAUUUAGGUUGGUAUGUCUGGAAAUUUGAGUUGUUUGAUGUAGGGUUCAGAGCUAGAGUCUAGGCUGCCUGGAUUUGUCUCUGUUCUCUUAUAGAAGCUUCAGCCUCUUGUACGCUAUAAUGCCACAUCAAGAAGUAUGGGUCAUCUUGCCAUAGAAUUUAUUGAUUGAUUUAGAGCACUUGUACCCCGCUCUUCAACCUAAAAGUCUCCUGGAGUGGCUUGCAUACAAUAGCUUGCAAGACAGCCCCUGCCUGCAGGCUUACAAUCUGAAAUGUAUUUCUGCUCCCCCCCCCUUUUUUUUUUUACUUCUGUGCCACCUGCAUCUUUUAAUCUUAAAGACCUUGAUUAAAAUAAACUCCAUAGAUGUACCAAUUGGGGCAGUGUGUUGCAGGUAAAACAUUUCAAUGUAGUGACAUGCAACUGUUUCAUAUGUGGAUAGUUAGCUUUUAACAUAAAAUUGUAUGAUGGAGGUGAUAUUUUCCAGGUGGUGAACAGCUCUGAGCACCUCUUUGAGGACUAAUAAGGAUUAAGCAACUUCUGUACUGGCCAUGCUUCCUGUGUACAGGGUUAUUGGUCUCUGGGCCCAGUUCAGGGUGAUCACAUUAGCGAGCCCUAAAAGGCUUAGGCCCCAAAUAUCUGAAGGACUGCCUCCACCGCUUCCAAAGUUGUUGGGUGUUACGAUCGACUGAGGGGGCUCCCUUGGUAUCCUCAUCCUCAGAAGUGUGGGCAAGAGUGGCCCAGGAGAGGCCUUUCUUUGUGGCGGCCUCUAAAUUGUGGGACUCCCUCCCCACAGAGUUGUGUGCAACAUCUUCAUUGGACAGCUUUCGCUGUAUGUAAAAGACACACCUCUUUGCCCUGGCCUUUGUUUUUUGGGACUGAACUUUUGUUGGAUUUAUACUGUUCUGUUCCGUUCAGAGAGGAUUUACUACGUUAUUAUCAUUGCAAUGGUCUUAACUGUUUUUAUAACAGUAUGUUGUAAUACUGUAACCCACCCUGGAACCUAUUGGAGAAGGGCAGGUAUAAAAGCUUAGAAAGAAAGAAAUUACCUAGUCCACUUCUCCUGUACCAAGCCCAGUAAAAUCUCAGGCAAGCCUCUCAAAAGUCUCAUUUGCUACAUGUCCCCAUAAUUCCCUUCAGCCCCUCACAACUGACUGACCUCAGUUUACCCAAGAAAAGGAAUGGGGAACCUGUGGCCUUCAAGAUGGUGGUGGACUAUUUAACUUUCAUUAUUUCUAACCAUUGGCUUAUUCUGAUAGGGGUUUGAGUGCCAGCAACCUCUGGAGGUCCAUGUGUCCCCAUCCAUCCCUGCUCUAGAAAGAAUUGUUAAGGAAAGCAGCACAAGAUAGCCAAAUCACAAAAGCAACCUUGGAAGGGUUGGGCUUGAUUAUUUCUUUUUUGUUUUGUAUAUACAUCCUUGGGAAUAAUUGCCAUCAAAGAAGUAGUCUUUAAAGAAGAUCUUGUUAAUUUCUUCCUCCUCCCUAACUUGACUUUCAGCAAGAGCAGAAGGGAAACUAAAGCAAGAAAGAAGUUUAUUAAGCUGAGGCAAUUCUUUGUGAGAAUGUGGCUGCUGUACAUGCAGGUCUUUGCCCACUGCAAGGGGAAGGUGGCACUGCGCAUGCAAGUCUGUGGAGCUGAAACAUGUUCAGUCCUUCCACACUGAAGAGGGAAAACCCAGCAAGAACCUUCAUCCUGUCAUAGAAGGAGCAAGUCAUGGAGGUUAUUUUAGUUGGGAAAGCAGCAGGGACAAGUGUGCUCUGAGUCAGAGUGUAUUGUAUCUCAGGGAGAUACUCCUGAGUUUUCUUAGGAACAAUUGGAGCCUGUAAUUCAUUUUCUAAAAGAAAUUUGCUUGCCAGGGUAUAUUGUUGUGGUUAGAGCAGAAAAGUUGGAAAACUUAGCGAUAAGCAAAGUUUCGGGUGCAUUCAGUUCCCCAAUUCAGUACAUUUUCAGUUCCCAAUUGUAUGCUGCUGCUAGUGUAGCAGGAGCACAACAUGAAGAAGAGAAACAGCUAUAUCUUCUCUGAUCUCUAUGAAGUCUUACCCCAUUUGCUGGCAUUGGUGCCCCCCCUUCCAAAUUCUUCUCCUUGAUUACCAUUCUAUACCACUUCUCUUAUUUUUGUGGGUGGGAACUUGCGACUCCUGGAUUCUCUUGUGAAGGAUGUCCUGUAUGAGCAGUGACUGGAUUGGAUGCAGCUGUGGAAGAUUUCCCAUCCUGGCUGAUUUGGCAAAAGAAUGGGCCUUUUGUAGGGAGUCUGAUAUAUUUUUAUAACCUGCCUUUCUUCCACUAAGGAACUCAAGGCAACCUACAUGAGGUUCUUAGAUGCCCCUCCCUGGGUCCAGUCCCCUCACUGAUCAGGCCUAGAUAUGUUUAGCUUCAGGAAGGUAGCCUCAUUGUGUGUCCUAUCAGACCAUGUCUUACCCUCGGUGAGCUUGCUAACCUCUGUUUCCCCACCUUAGGAGAAGGGCAAAGGUGAAGCCCAGCCUCCUCCACGGCCGCCAUGCCGUCUAAUGCCCGGGCUGGCAGCUUGAAGGACCCUGAGGUGGCUGAACUGUUCUUCAAGGAUGACCCUGAAAAGCUCUUUGUUGACCUGCGGGAGAUUGGUCAUGGCAGCUUCGGAGCAGUCUACUUUGUGAGUGUUGAAGGAGUGGGGUGGGGCGAUAUUGCUGGAAUUGAACACGCCCCUCUAGGCUCACUUAAAACAUGCCCUCCAGCUCCUUCUUACUCAUUAGCAUCACACCUCUUUGCCCUCCCUGUGGAGAAGAUUACUAGUUAUAACCUCUGUGUGUAUGCCCCAGGUUCGGAAACAGUAUGCUCCUGAAUUUCAGAUGCUGGGGAACAACAACUGGAGAGGGCCGUUGCCUCUCCCCCCACCCCUUAUGGGCUAGUUGACCACUGUGGGAAACAGGAUCUGGAGUGAACUGACUCUUGGUCAGAUUCAUCCAGGCUUCCUUUCUCGUUCUUAGGAAAUGGGUUACCAAUAUGCCUCUGACCUGUGGACAUCUCUGGGUGUGAGAAUGCCCUCUUGAUCUGCAUUACUUUUUCCAGGCAGAGAAGCCAGCUUCUGCUCAGCCCUCUGAAUCGACUGCCUCUGAAUCUGGCCAUUGCUCCCCGCCCCCAAACAGCUUCCUGACACUCUGUUCCUUCCACAGGCCCGAGACAUACGUAACAAUGAAGUGGUGGCCAUCAAGAAAAUGUCCUACAGUGGGAAGCAGUCUAAUGAGGUUUGUGCUUCACCCCUCUUCUGACAACACUAGUCCCAGCUGGCCUGCCAGCAGACCUUGGUGAUUAAGUUCCCUUGGUCUCUAGAUCGACUGAGAGUGCCCUGGAUCCAUUGGGCUCCGUCCCAUUCUCUCCUUCAUCUGGAAUUCAGGCUUCUCCAUGCUCAGGCCCCCUUUGUGUAUCUUCCAGAAAUGGCAGGAUAUUAUCAAAGAGGUGAAGUUUCUGCAAAAGCUGCGGCACCCGAACACCAUUGAAUACAAGGGCUGCUAUCUACGGGAACAUACAGCAUGGGUAAGAUGAGAGGGGAAGCGGCUCACAUUAACCUUUUGGGCUCCAGGAAGAUUUUCUGAUCUUUGAAUGAUGGAGGUUUUGGAUGGGUGCAGGAGGGGUCUGAGUAGUGGUUGGGUUUCUUGCUUAGGUUAAAGAGCAAGUAUGGAUCUUAUAAAACAGAGAGAGAGAUUUUCACAGACAAAGCAAAAUUCAUUCAUGAAAGUGACGGCCGCAUGAUGUGGUUGUGGCUGCUGCUUUAAGAUGGCUUUAGAGGGGGGGCAGGGCUAGGCAAAUGCAUGGAGGAUAAGACUAUCUGUGGUUGUUAACCAUGAUAGCUAAAUGGAGCCUCCAUGUGUAGGAGCAGUAUACCUCUGAAUACCAGUUGACAGGAGGGCAACAGGAUGGGAGGGCAGUUGCCUUCUGACCUGCUUAUGGGUUUCCUGAAGGCAUCUUGUUGGCUGCUGUGGGGAACAGGAUGCUGGACUAAAUGGACCUUUGGUCUGAUUUAGCAGGGGCUCUUCCUAUGUUCUUAAGUGAAUCGGAAGUCCCAGGUAUGUAACGGUUUGGGGGACUGGUUGGCAGGUGGGGUUCAGAGGAAUGCUCUGCCCUGUGCUAACUUCCUUCCCUGCCUUCUCACCUCAUCAGCUGGUGAUGGAGUACUGCCUGGGCUCUGCCUCGGACUUGCUGGAAGGUGAGUACCCAAGACCAUGUGAGAUGGGUAGAUAUUCUGUAUCCCUUUUUCCUACACUUAUAUGUGAUGCUCUCUCCUCCCUCCCAUGUUUCCUAGUGCACAAGAAACCGCUGCAGGAAGUAGAGAUUGCAGCCAUAACACACGGUGCCCUGCAGGGGCUUGCAUACCUGCAUUCGCACAACAUGAUCCACAGGUGAGAUGGGCAGUCCUGCCCUGUGUGCCCACAUCUUCCCAUGCUGUUUUUAGGCAUAGUCCACAGGAGCCUGGGUGGCAGAAUUCCCAUGUCCCUAUCUUACCAUGAGGGUGCAGUCCUUAUGGACCCUUCUGAUUUUAAAUUGAAUUAUUUGCUACUUUUAACUGCCACAUCAAGGCAUAUUUGCAUUUGAUUCAUGCAAGCGAUUCCUGUGGGGUUUUCAGCACAGAGACAGAAAAUAAACUUUAUGUAUGAGCUGAAUGCAAACUUCAGAGAAAGCUGCUUGAAACGUCCUGCAUUGUAAGGGCACAAUAUGGCCUUGAAGCUGCUGCACCAUAAAAUCUGUAUACUUCCUCCCUUCCUCCUCCCACUUUACAUCUAGAGAAAUCGUGGCAAAUGGCAGCUUUUGGUUUAAAACUGCAAGGCCAGACAGUCUGGCUGUGUUCAUAUAUAAUGGUAAGCCAUGCUUUGUUUUAGCUAAGAUUUAUUCAACAAACCAUGGGUUAUCUUUCAGGCAGGCAAAUAAGCCAAGAGUUUCUUUCUCUGAAACUUGCUUUGUUUUCCAGCUGUGCUUACCUCUUGCCUCCAUAGUUUGACCACUCAACCCUCAAUGCUCACUAGACAACCCAUGGUUGAGCAAGGAGAUAACACCAAGCCAUAAUUAGCCAUGGUUUCACAUCAUGGUUUGUUGCCAGAAAACAAGCCAUCGUUAGUUCUGCUGCUGUGGGUUUGGGCACCACACUUCGGCUAAACAAUCAAAGGCUUAGUGUUGUUUGCAAGCCAAGUCUCUGUGGCUCAAGUUUCUCUAUCUCUAUCCUAACUUGUAUAUUUAGUUGCUCAUGCCCUUUGCGUGAUCCACAGACAGGAUGACAAAGCCCCCACAGUAUAAUUUGCAAGCCAUUGUUUAUUGGGUUCUAGCACAUGUCAGGGUCCACAUGAAUACAUUGACAUGUGUUGGGAGAGUGGGACCAUGCAUGCCAUCAGGCCCUUUUCCACAUCUCCAAUGCCUCAUCCUUGCACGCAUUUAUUUAUUGCAUUUACAUCCCACUUUUCCUCCAAGGCACUCAAGGUGGCGUAGAUGGUUCUCCCUCUCCCCAUGUUAUCCUCAUAAGAACCCUCUGAAGGUAGGUUAGGCUGAGAGACAGUGACUGGUCCAAAAUCAACUAGCGAGUGGUAUGCCUGAAUGAGGAUUUUACACCUGUUCUCCCUGGUCCUGGUCCAAUACUCUAACCACAAAACCCCUCUGGCUCUGCUUUAGGACUGAAGCAGAAAGCCUUCUGUUUACACGUAGGCCCCCCUCUGUGACUUAGAACUAUGUGUGAUCUGGUUAUACUUGUGUAAGAGGUGGGCCACUUGAAUAAGGCUAAACAGUUCAGCCUAACCAUCUCCAUCUAGCCCUGCCCCCCGGCAUGCAGUUUUCAGUGCACACAUCUCCUGCCACGAUUCCAUCCUCCUGCUCCCCCCCCCCCCCCCGCGCUUCUCACACUUGUUUUCCCUCUCUGCCCACCUUCCAGUCCAUGGUUAUCUCUGCUCCCACGUGCAGUUCUUAAUCACUAAGCUUUGCCUUUUCCAGAGAUGUGAAAGCUGGGAAUAUCCUGCUGACUGAGCCAGGACAAGUGAAACUGGGGGACUUUGGCUCGGCCUCCAUCAUUGCUCCCGCUAACUCCUUUGUUGGCACCCCAUACUGGUAAGAGAGCAAGAAGUGGAUGUUUGUGUGACCUGGGAGACAAGCGGGAAGAUCUGUGGCAAGAAGCAAUUGUAGGCCUCGCCCUUCAUUAGGAGAAUAGUGUUUGCGUGAAAAUAUGGCAGGGCAAAUUGGGAGUGAGGUUCGAUGUGCGCGAACUUGGUUCCUUGAAAAGCAAAGAGAAUUUAUUGGAUUUGAUAGGGCCUGCAUUUUCUGGAGGGAAGAGUUGGAGAUGUUGAGAAGUAGAAAAGCAAAGUCGUACUGCGUGGAAGCAGAGGGUUACCCUUUUUUGCAGAUAAAAUGCCGUAUAUCGAGGUGGCUCUGUAGAUGUUGUUGCUCUCCAGCUCCCAUCAUACCUGACCAUUGACCUGGCUGGCUGGUGCCAAUGGGAGUUGUAGCCCCAUGACAUUUGGGGACACUACAUUCACUACCACCCUAGCUAUAGAGUCUUAACAAGCUGUGAAUCAUGAUCUCAGGCCACUGUGCACUCUGCUCUUUCCAGGAUGGCUCCCGAGGUGAUCCUAGCCAUGGACGAGGGGCAGUACGACGGCAAGGUGGAUGUCUGGUCACUUGGCAUCACAUGCAUCGAACUUGGUAUGGGAUACGCUCUUAGGAAUAGAGAAGGUGGUGUGUUCCAAGGACCUCCUUGCCCUGGCAAGCUUGGAGCUGCCAGAGUUCUUAAGGUGGGGGAGGCAGGAGGGGAAAUGUCUUGGGGGAAAGUGAAAUGUCGCUGUUAACAUCAGUGUCCCUGUAUCCCCAGCGGAGCGCAAACCACCCCUCUUUAACAUGAAUGCUAUGAGUGCCUUAUACCACAUCGCCCAGAAUGAUUCUCCGCUGCUCCAGUCCAGUCACUGGUAAGAAAGGCCCCCAAUUCAUGUGUUUAUGAAAAUGAAGGGCGUUCUAGGAUCUUGGAAAUAGUGAUUGAUGGGUUUAGAGCUGGGACCGGUGACAGAAGCUGAGGUUGGAGUUGGAAAGAAGGCAGGCCUCCUGGAUUGCUCUUUCUUUACUUCUUUCAGGUCUGAAUAUUUCCGGAACUUUGUGGAUUCGUGCCUGCAGAAGAUCCCCCAGGACCGCCCAACCUCUGAUGUGCUGCUCAAGGUACUGCUCAGCUCAGCUGCACCCCUCAAUAGGGGCCUUCUGCCUCCACUUAUGUCUCUGAAACUUUGGUCACAACACAGUCCUGUCUGUGGGACAGUGAAAGUGAGGCUGAGGGCAGAAGAAGAAAGCUGUUUUUCUAUUAGAAAUUUCAUUGAGAGGAAAACACAUGCCGAGGACUGCCAAGACGUGAAAUUAGCUAGGUAACAUAGGGUGGGGAGUGUAGGUGGAGAGUUAUCACGUGGGAUCAACCUUCAUAAGUAACUCCCUUCAACGUUGUUCCCCAGGAAACAACUAUACAAAUCUUCCCCUUUGUUUUUCAUUGUUAAAAAGAUGCUCCACCUGUGAAAAAUAAUGUUUAAAUGUUUUGGUCAAUGUAUUUGCGGUUCCUCAUCACUUUGAUUCACCUCCCAGACAAGCUGAGAGUGCACUGUGUAGAUUAGUUUGAGUCGUUAGUGGAACAGAAUUGAUCCAGUUAAAGUGGAUUUGUGAAAAACCUGCUCUGGAGAACCAUUUUCAACCAACCUCGUGCUCAUUCUUCCCCAGCAUCGCUUUCUCUUGAGGGAACGUCCCCAGACAGUUAUCAUGGACCUGAUCCAGCGAACCAAGGAUGCUGUGCGGGAGCUGGACAACCUGCAGUACCGCAAGAUGAAGAAAAUCCUUUUCCAGGAGGCACAGAAUGGCCCAAAUGCAGAGGCACCAGAAGAGGAGGAGGUUAGUGGUUCUACCUGGUUACCCAAGGCAACUUCUUCCCCGCUCCAGCUUCCUCCCCAACCUCUUACCCUCUCUACGUUGUUCUAGGAGGUGGAGCAGUUUCUCCACCGUACAGGCACCAUCAACAGCAUGGAGAGUAGCCAUUCGGUGCCCAGCAUGUCCAUCAGCGCUAGCAGCCAGAGCAGCAGCGUCAACAGCCUGGCGGAUGCCUCUGAUGACGACGAUGGGGCUGAGAUUGCCAUGAUGCAGGAAGGCGAGCACACAGUCACCUCCAACAGCUCCGUCAUCCAUCGCCUUCCGGUACAGGAUACAUGUGCUUUGGUAGUGGGAGGGUCUGAAUGAUAACAGGAGGGAGCAGGUUUGAGUGGGCUUGGGAAACAAAGUCACUUGUGCCUUUCCAUGAUUGGAGCCCAAAGAAGCACGGAAGCAGACACACUGACUUGAUGCCGUAGUGAAGGGCAAAAUUUAGGGAGCAACUCCGGUUGGGUAGGAAGCGUCAGUUGCCCUGGCCUUCCUCAAGCUCUCCCAUGCUGGUGGGUGGUGGUAGGAGGUGGUAAAGAUGCAGGAAUCACAGGUUGGUCCUGCCCAGGUGGGUGAAUUGUGGGACUGAACCUCUGAACGUGGUUUGGAUUCACACAAUAUGAUAGGAAUGGUGGUGGGGAGCAAGGCAAUAGAGACCAAAGAGUUUGGGUCUGCAGCUAAAGCAUCCUUAGCUCUGAAAGCCUAUUAGCCCCAUUGCUUCACAGCUAAGCUCAUCUUAAGCAUAGAUUUAUCCCACCUUCCCCACUCUGCCCAGAAACCAAUGGUUGUAAAGGACAUACCUGACAACCUGGGAUUUUGGGGAAAUUUUCCUGUACGAAUUAGGCUAAUUUGCAUAGGCUCAUAUUCCAUUGGACAGUGUUCAGUUUGCAUCAUCAGAAAAUGUUCUGAUGCCCUCCACAUGUCAUUGGACCAGCUCCCAUCAUCCCUGACCAUUAGACAUGCUGGCUGAGGCUGAUGGGAGUUGUAGUCCAAGAACAUCUGGAGGGCACCUUGUUGUCUACCCCUGCCCUAGAGAGUGAUCUAUUUCCACAUGCUUAUUGUAUUUGUGUUUAAUGUGCACAAUGCUUUGAAAUUGCCAAGCUUGCUUGCCUAAUAGUUGUAUUUGCAAUUGGCAUCCAUUCAUUGUUAGUAGUAAACCUGUAGAACAGAAAAAUUUCCAUGGAAGAAUAAAACAUUAAUUUCUGCUUCACCAAGACAAAUUUAAGCCCAAUGGAGCCACUUCCCUCCUCACUGGAUGGGGUAAUUAAAUUGUGUCCCACCCAUCCUCACCCAGCUGUGGCGCUUUCUGUUGACCCAGGUCAUCCAGCAUAAAGAGAAGGUGAUAGAACCGUGUAGGUUUUGCAUUUCUCACAGGCCUGUUUUGGUGCUUCUCAGGGCCACGACAACCUGUACGAUGACCCGUACCAGCCUGAGAUGGAGCCCCAGAGCUCAUCAUCAGCUGCCCGGCGCCGUGCCUACUGCCGCAACCGAGACCACUUUGCGACCAUCCGUACAGCUUCUCUGGUGAGUGGAAGGUGAAGUCGUGUUUGGACAAAGCAUGAUUUCCCCCCCUCCAAACCAAGUUCAGUCUCUUCAUUGUAGAUGGCCCAGCACCUUGUUUUUAUACGGAGGCUGCAGAAACUGCAGGGUUUAUACAACUUCUUCCCAAGUAGUAGGUUCUGCUUCCUCCUGAAUCCUCAUUUCUUAAGAUGAGAUUCUUGCUAGCUGUAUAAAAAAUGAGAAUUCAUGUCCUUCAGAAGUAUUAAGGGCUCAGGAUGCAGCCCCCACAACCUGGCACCUUUCACAUGUUUCAUGCUACAACUCCCAGCAGCCCCAGAGGGUGCCAGGAUGGAGGGAAACUGGCCCCAAAGUGACCCAUUUAGAAAAGGAAUGGACAGAUUCCGGGGGGAAAGAUUUGUCAUGGACUAUUAACAUCUAUUGUUGUUCUUAGGUAACGCUUCCUAUUGAAGGAGCAGAGGGAGAAUCAUGGAGACCUAGAAGUCCCAUGUUCAAUACUCUUACCUUUGGGGCAUUUCCCCAACACACUUUGUAACCAAGGGAGGCUAGGAAUGUUCUGUGGGAGAGAGAAAAAGGAAGCUCUGUUUCUGUGUUGGGCUGCUGAAACUUAAGCAAUGGAUUGAUUCCUUAAUUGAUUAAUAAAUCUAAUAUAUGAAUAAAAAAAGUAGCUCCAGAGAGCCACACCAUUUUUGAUGAUGCAUGCACACGGUGCAACAGGCACCGUGUUAGAAGGGGGAAGUCUCAGAGAGGAAGUGGGGCGCAGCUGUGUGCCAAACCUUGGAGUCUCAUGGAAGAAAGAGGGGUGUCAAUGUAAUAAAGUAAAAAUAGGGUGGUGCCUGCUACCUGCAACUUUUAUCAGUACCUAUAAUAAUUUAAAAGUUCCAGAUUUAAUGGUUGGUGCUUGAUAAAAAUGGAUUAAUUGACAAGAUGUGGCAGGUCUAGUUCUCAGAUUACAGGCUCUUGUAGGCAGGGUGUUGAGGAUGGCCCAGGAAAGGGUGGUGCUGAGCUUCCCCCUUAACAGGAUGCAACUCUAAUUCAGGAGUAAGCACACAAGCAGUGGGGCCUGCGAGAGUCAGGGUUGCCUAACUUUUACCUCCUGCUGCCCUUCCCCAGGUGACUCGCCAGAUCCAGGAGCAUGAGCAAGACUCGGCGCUGCGGGACCAGAUGAGCGGCUACAAGCGGAUGCGGCGCCAGCACCAGAAGCAGCUGCUGGCUCUGGAGAACAAGCUCCGGGCAGAGCUGGACGAGCACCAGCUGCGGCUCGACAAGGAGCUGGAGGCCCAUCGCAGCAACUUCUCUGCUGAGGCUGAGAAACUGGCCAAGAAGCACCAAGCUAUAUUUGAGAAGGAGGUGAGCGCAGUGGGGGGUUGCCUUGCCAGAGCUGGGGAGAUUCUGUUGGAGACAGUUACGAUGGCUCCAAGCGGCAGGAGGAAGGCAGAGAGCUUGUAGCCUCCCUAGUGGAGGAGCUCCCGUAGGAAAGUGGAGUUCCUCGGGCUGUUGAAUAACCACAUGCUCAGCGCUGGCUCUGGGUUUUGGGGAGCCAUUACCCAGGACAGGUGGGGUGUUCUUGCAGCAGCGAGCCUUGCUCCUUGCUGCCAUCAUCGCCAGCUGCUGCUAUUGGUCCUCCUCUUCAUCUUUGCUGCCACUCACUUGACUGCCAGGCAGUGGGCCAGGGAGAGCAAGUAGGCAGUGUCAUUUGUGGAUCCUCCUUUGCCUACUGCUGCCCCGUUGCCUGGGCCAAGCUGAGAGGCAGUAGGGAAGAGCAGGCGCAGGGGGUUCUUGUCAGCGGACCCCCUGGAACGGUGCCUAGACCCUCCGCAAAUGCCUGGCCUCUUCACACUGGCCCUACGUGUGCUGGAGGGGUGCUUCAAAAACCAGCCACAAUAAAAAGAGUGAAGCUCUUCCUUUUUGGUUUCCCUUCCAUUCUGACCAGAUUACUUGGGGUGGUCCAGGCUUGUUGCUGAGAGGGUCUCUUCUUUGGCUCCUGUUGUAGCUGUGGCUCUUCCCUUCCCUUCUGGCCGCAUUAGCUGUGACCUGGUAGCUCAGUGCUUUGGGAUCAUUUCAGUGAGCUGCUGCUGCUGCAGGGAUCAUUUUUCCUUUUAAAUGCAGAUACUUUUGCUUAUGGGGAAGGGCCAUAGCUCAGUGGUGGAGCUUGCCUUGCAUGCAGAAGGUCCCAGGUUCAAUCCUUGGUCGAGACCCCUGCCUGAAACCCUAGAGAGCCACUGCUGGCCAGUGUAGACAGUACUGAGCUAGAUGGACCAAUGGUCUGAUUCAGUACAAGGCAGCUUCUUAUGCUCCUGUGUUGGUAUUAGAGGACAUCCAGCUUCGACAAUAGCCAGGCCUGAAUGCCCUGCUCCCCUCCCUCCACCCAAACACAUUAAAAAUGGUGAGUUGAAAACCAUGCUAAUGGUGCAAAUUUGCCUAUUUCUGCUAGACAUAGGCAGGCUCUUUGAGACUCCAACUCAGUUUCCCACUCUGGUUUUGGACGUUCUGCCACUUUGCCCACACCCCCGUAAUGGCAAUUCCCUUUUCUUUCUCCCACACUUAAAAUACUUCCCUGUGCUUGCAUGGAGUUACGCUACUACACAUGCAGCCAUGAGCGUGGCCAAACUGUCUUCAUCCUUCCUUUGUGGGUGAAUUUCCUUUCUUUCUCUCUCACCCAUCCCCUGUACAGGCAAAGGCAGCCCUGGCUGAGGAGAAGAAGUUUCAGCAACAUAUCUUGGGCCAGCAGAAAAAGGAGUUGGGCAACUUGCUGGAGUCGCAGAAGCGGCAGUAUAAGCUACGCAAGGAGCAACUUAAAGAGGUACCUGCUUUUAAGAGGAGCAAAGCAGGCAGGAGGGGAGGGGGAGGGGUCACACCAGCUUGGCAGCCUCCUGUUGGAAAGUUCCUGGUCUCUCAUCCCAGCCUCCGUGUUUUCCCCCCUUGUGCUGUCUUCCGAUUCCAUCUGUAACUGGGAAUGCUGUCAUGGAUGGGUGAGGGAUGUGCGGCCUCUGAAUCUGGCACUGCUAAUUUCUGGUUCAGUCUGUGGUACUACCUCUUGAUAAUUCAGUGACCUGAAAUUAGAGUCCUUGAAGGAGCUUAUUCAGGAGUCAAUCGUACAGUCUUUAGGGGGGAUGCAUAUAAAAUAUAAAUUUUAAAAUGUCAGGGGCUACUCAAGAGUUGCCUCAGUGCUGAAAAUUCUCAUAGUUCCCUGCAAGCCAUGGCUGACUUCCUGCUUAUGAAGAGUGAGCUAGUGGCCUAGAGCUGUUUCCUUGAGACUGAAUGAGUGGCUCUUCUCUCUCUUUGGUGGGCAGAAGCCCACCAUGGGAAAUGUUUAGCAAAGACUGGACCUCCGGCAGUGCCUGCACUCCUCAUUCAGUGAGAACAAGAGGAAUGAAUGAUCCGCUCAAAUGAAGGAGCAGUUAGAGAAAGUUUAGCAACGAGUGUAUUCUGUGGCAGUUCCUUUGGGACUUUGCAGCUGGUCUUCACCCUCACUCUCCAUAUAUUUGCCAGCUGCAUCCAGAUGUUCUUUACCCAGUUUUAUGCCCGGGUGUAGGGCAGUGGUGGGGAACCUCUGGCUUGUGGGCUACAUCAAGCCUGGCUGGAGGCUUAGCUGGCCCAUAAUGCCGUUCUUCCUAAACCACAGCCACCUGGCCCACAUUGGAUGUCAGGUAUUGGGCAGGUAAAGAUGUGGCUGCAAAGGUACAACCAAGAGCCCUAAAAUGCUCUUCUGGUUUUUCCUUGGUUCACAUCCAGUAAUUCCAAAUUUGGCCCAUCCUUGCCAAAAGUGAGCAUUGCAGUUGGCACCAACCAACACUGAUUUGAACAUCCAUCAAUUGUGCUCUGGAGUUCGCAGUCAGGAGCCACCAAGCACAGCUGAUCCUUGCCCAAACAGAGGGUUGCAACCAGGACCAAUCCGUUGACCAGCACUGACUGAAACCCCUGCUGGGAUUGGCUGCAGGGAUCUUCCUUCGCAGCCCAGCUUGAGGAACAUAGAUCUUCUGCACUGAUGGCUUGAAUCCCAGGCUGGACUGCCAAAGAGUUCAGGAAAGAAACAGGAGCACGCUUAGAAUGCACCCCACUUUCUUUGCAGCUAGGUCACCAUGGUGACAUCAGAUGAUUGACAGGUGGGUGGACCCGUCAAGGUGGCCCGCGGUGGGAGAGCCCAAGCUCCUUUCCGCCAGCCAGAUCCUCUUCUCCGCCCAUGCUGUGUAGGAGGAGAUACUAUCAUACUUCAUUGUGUCCCGUUUCUCAUGACUUUUUGUUUUCCUCUCUCAGGAGCUGCAGGAGAAUCAGAGCACACCCAAGCGGGAGAAGCAAGAGUGGCUGCUGAGGCAGAAGGAGAACAUGCAGCACUACCAAGCAGAGGAAGAGGCCAACCUUCUGCGCCGCCAGCGGCAGUACUUUGAGCUGCAGUGCCGCCAGUACAAGCGCAAGAUGCUGCUGGCCCGCCACAACCUGGACCAGGACCUGUUGCGAGAGGUGAGAGUCUGGCGUUGGCUGUGGGGAAGGGAUGGUUUCACGGGAGGGCCAGGGCUUCAUGAGGGGUUGUUUUGGUGAGGAGGUGUCACCACUACUGUCCCAGAAGGACAGACAUUGCCAGGGGAUGUCUGGGUAUCUGCCCCAGGGAGCCAGCAAGUACGAUGCAGCAGGAUGUGGAGCAGCACAAGAACAGGAGCUAAUAAUAUUUGUACCUCGCCCAUCUGACUGGGUUGCCCAGCCACUCUGGGCAGCUGCCAACACAAUAAAACAGGGCUGCCUUCAGGUGUCUUCUAAAAGUUGUGUAGUUCUUUAUCUUCUUGACAUCUGAUGGUAGGGUGUUUCAUAGGCAGGGUGCCACUGCCGAGAAGGCUUUCUGUCUGUUUCCUGCUAACAUCUCCUCUUGCAACAAGGGAAUUGCCAGAAGGCCCUCGGAACUAGAUCUCAGCGUCUGGGCUGAACAAUGGGGGCAGAGACACUCCUUCCGGUAUACAGGGCCAAGCCCGUUUAGCGCUAAUGCAUUUGUGGCCGCUGGCCACCUCUGCUAAAAUAUGGUGUCAGCAAGUUGAUCUCUUCUUUGAAACAAUGAAUUCUGCACUGAAGCAAUACAAAUUCUAUGUGUGCACAUGCAUACAUGCAAAAUUCUGCAAAACCUUCACAAACCUCAUUAUAUAAACUGUUAUAAACUAUUUCCUCGAUUUGCUGAACAUCUCCUUUUUAUACUAAUCAUAGAGCCUAACCACCAACACCUGCAUUCCAGCAUCAUCUGGAAGCUUUGCUAGAAAAUAGUGUUCUUUAAGAUAGAAGAGAGCUGGGUGUUGCUCAAGAUGCUGGCUUUUGCCUCCAGACCCAAAUUCUAUAUUUUCAUAGGCUUGGAGGGAGAGUGCUUGCAGCCCUUGACAUUAGAGCAAGGGGGAAUGAGACAAUUGUUAUUCUUGGGCCCUUGGGAGAAGAAUGCGGCCAUCGGAAACCUGGAUGUAAGAAAGAAAGCUGACCCUUUUAAAAGCCUUGAUGCCAGGAAGAAGCGAGUCUCCGUGGGAGGUGCAGUUCUAAUGCCUUUCCCUUGCUUCCUCCCUCAGGAGCUGAACAAAAAGCAGACCCAGAAGGACCUGGAGUGCGCCAUGCUUCUGCGCCAGCACGAAUCCACGCAGGAACUGGAGUUCCGGCACCUGCACACCGUCCAGCGCACCCGCACGGAGCUCACCCGCCUACAGCACCAAACAGAGCUCUCCAACCAGCUGGAGUACAACAAGCGCCGGGAGCAGGAGCUGCGUCAGAAACACGCCAUGGAGGUCCGGCAGCAGCCUAAGAGCCUCAAAGUAGGUGCUACCUACACCCCGCCUUGCUGCCAGUGGUGCCCUGACGGGCAGGAUGCAAGGGGUCUGGAGCCAGGGCAGGGGCACCCCGGGGUUGUGGAAAUGGACACAAAUGAGGACGGAAGGCUAGAGCCCUUGCAGGACCACUUGUGUGGGCCUAGUCCCUGUGACUGUGCAGCCAGGGUUCAGAAAUGCCCCGCAGAUGCAGAAUCUAAAUGCACACACUUUGGGCCACUAGACUCAAGAGGAUGUGAAUCGGCUGUUUCGGAGUCUGGUAGCCCUUGUCAUGAUGAUCUAGGCCGAUGCAAACCUAUUGGAGAGGUUCUGGAGCCAACUCAGGGUGUUGUUGUAGACACAGGAAUAAAAUGUCCCAACCUUUUAGGGAAGUGUAGCCAUGAAAUGGGGGUUCUGGAGCCAGAGCUAGACUGCCAUGGGCAUGUGGCUUUAGAGUAUGGCCUGGAGGAGGAGGAUCUAGAACUGGAUGCAGUGCAUAUUGGGGGUCUUGUACAGGACUGGUCGCCAAAGGGGGUUGGAGAGCUGGAUGAGCAGGGUUUGGAGGCCUUGGUGCCUGAAUCAAAGCGUCCUGGGGAUGUAAAGCCUGGUUGGCAAUGCCUGGCAAGCGAAAUUCCAGAUGGGCAGGAAGCUGCUGCUUUAGAGCAGAGACAGGAGUGCCUUUGGCUCAGUGGGAAGGACGAGGGAGUCCUAGAUCCAGACAGAAAAGAAGGUUGGAUUCCAGAUUUCGGUGAAACAAGCUUGAAACAGCAAGAACACUGUGCAGAGGGGGUUGCUGAUCUAGAAGUAAGCCAGAGGUAUUUUGGAGUGCGGGGUCACUUUGGAGAGGGCUCUGGGGUUCUGUUGUCCGUUCGGGGGCGGCCAGGCGUUCCAGAGCCUGAUGGGCAAGAGGCUGAUAAGCUGGAUCCAUUCACAUGUGAAGGCAAUUUAUACUCCCAUGCCUUACCCACUGUCCUCGAAGAGGGGGCCCUGCGAGGCCCGGGAGAUGGCUGCCCAGCCCCUGAAGACCCCUACAGCCAGCAGGCCAGCAGCAAAGCCCGCCCUGUCCCACCUCCCGUGGCAGCCAUGCUGCCCCACGCUCUCUGCGUGGUCUUGGCACUGUUAGUCUCUGCCUACCCAUGUGCGCCAACUCUCUUGCUGCUCCUUGCUGCACUGUGGGCGCAGGGUGGCGGGUUUCAGGAUAUCCUCCUGGCCCUCGAAGGGGCUCUGGUGGGCCUGGGGGUUACGUAUACCUUGUUGCACUCUGUCUUCCUCCUUUCCGGAGCGUCCUUUCUCCUCCUGGCCAAGAUGGCGGGGGCAGUGGGUGUGGUGGGGCUGAGUGCCAGUAGGGAGCGCCUGUACGUUCCUGUCAUCCUCCUGGCUUCCUACCUGUUAGCUUCUCCCUGGCUGUUCCUGCCCCUUUACCUCUUGGGGGCACUCGCACGGCAUAGCCUGAGGGGAUUCCCCCGCCGCGCCCGCCGCUUCUGGCUCCUGGCCCUGCUCCGUCUCCCACGCCCGGCUUUCCGCCUCCUCCAGCGCCUGGGGCUGGUCACCGAGCAGGGGCUGUUCCGCCUCUUCCCCAAAACCAACAAAGGCGGCUUCCGCAGCCGCAUCCCGGUGCUGUCCCGCCAGCACCAGCCGUCCCUGCCCUGGCACCGCAAGGCCGCGGCCCUUCUUGCCAAGCCGAUUUGCAGCAUCAACAAGAUCCUCACGGAGGUGAUUUGUGCUCAGCUGCCUCCUUCGGCCCUGCAUUGCCUCAAGGGGCUGCAUGUCCUGCGAGAGGAAAGGCCUUCCCGCAUCCCCCGCCUGACUUCCAGGCCCCGGGGGCAUUCUGUAGGGUCAGUGAGGCGCAUUAGUAGGAGGAGAAGUGUGCAAGGAAGCCAGCCUGCCAGGAGACCCUGGAGAUAAGGAGCCCUUGGAGGGCUCCACAUCCUGUUCUAAAACGGUGAAACAGUCCAUUCCAGUGGGACUCUGGCAUCCUGGUCCUCUGGUCUCGCACACAGAAUUCUGGGAGGUUGGCCAGUCUCUGGACUUAUGGGAGAUCAGGCAGAGCAAGUGACAGUAUUUACUCUGAAAACCUUUUACUACUUUCCAUCCAGUGUUGUGGUAUUGGUAUAUAGAACCCAACAGCAAGGGGGGAGAAUUUAAUGUCUUAAGGCCAGGGAUCCCUCUGAGCCUUUGAUAAAAGGAGUUUUGAAGUUGCGGGAGGACCAGACGUUUGUUCUAGCUCCUUAUUGGUUUACACAAUGGGGGUGGGGCGGAGCGUUGUUGAGUGUUCAUUACCCUAACGAGGAAAGAAUCACCUGAUGACGCCCUUUUGAGCUGGCUGUGUUUGGGUGGGUUGGGUAUUUUUUGGCGCCCGUUCCAGCCGGCUGGGAGAAGAUGUGGGGAUGUGGGUUAAGCUGAAGAGAUUUCCAAGCCCCUUAGAACAGGUGUGAGGUGCAUGUGUGCUAGUGUCUGAGGUCGAAAGGUCCUGUUCAAUGUUCCCCAAUGAAAAGAGGAGUUUGCUAAGGGGGCAGGGGCUGCAGUUUGCAGAAUACUCCACUCUUGCAACCAUUUUCCAGUAACCUCUUUUUUAAAAGUCCAGGCACUCUUGUUUCCAUCUUUAACCUACUUUGAGCAAUGAGGGGAUAAGUACGGUCCUCCAUUUCCUUCAAACAUAGAACCCCCAAAGAAGGUAGCGGGUUCUGGGGCUGAAUAUACAGUCAUCAAAAUAAAUAGGCUUCUGUUCCUUAUCAGCUCCUUAAAUGGUCAGGAUCCAUAUCACCUUAAAUUUUAUCAUUCUCCCUCCCUCUCCCCCACUGAACCUUGUUUCAAUCGAUCUGGAAACUUACAAACCUAAAGGGGUGUACAUGUUUCAAGAAAUCAGACUCCUACCAGCUCCUAAGGGCUUAACUAAUUUUAGGUGAUUCUUUCGCCGUUAAUAUAUAUAUUUCCACCGUUCUACAAAUAUAUAUAUAUUUAUCAUUUUCCACCCUAAUUGUAACAACCUCCCUUCACUUCAUUUUUUUUUUACUUGAAUGUACAUAUUUCAAGCUGACUUUUAAUUUUAUGUUUGUGUAUGUUUGUGAUUUUUUUUUUUUGCUAAGUUUUAUAUAAAACCAGUUUUUGUGGGGAGGGACAAAGAGCUAAUGUGAGAUUUUUUUUUAUAAAAAAAUGACUGAAAACGGGAGAAUUUUUUUUUUUUAAUCCAACUUAUUGCUACAGGUUUUUCAUUUGAAAGCACAAUGGGCCAAUCAAGCAGUUCUCACUCUCUCUUUCUCUCUCUCUUGCCCUUAUAAAAGAAAUCUUCAAAUACCACAAGCCAGGACUUUGAAGUAAUGGUUAGGGUUUUAACCAGUUUGCUUUAGUGGACCUAUGUAAGAAUGGAAAAGUUAAGUUUGCCAUUGAGCACCUCCCCAAAUGCUGGGAUGGUUGGUAGUUUUUCAGGUGGUGAACCAACCUUUUUGUUGGCUCCUUGCAGCUUGUUGAAGCACAGGGACCAUCCCAGGGAUAGCAGUGCCUCAAGCUCUCCCCUGUCCCAGGGAGCCAACUAUUCCACCUUUCCUACCCCAGGAUCUGAAUGCCCUCAUUACUCUGGGAUCUCUGUCCUCAGUCACCCACAGCUUGAGCUGUGGCAAUGGCAUCAGAGUGCCUGGCCCUUUUACACCUGGAUGAGAUGCUUGCCUUUUGUAACACAAGUAACAACCGUGUUGAAGAAUUCCGGGUAUUUGCAGAAGCUCCCAUAGUCUUGCAGUGAUUACUCGUGUCAUUAAAAAAAUGAUUACCUUGCCUAUUUUAACUCUCUAUCCCAGCCCUUACCAUGCCUUGUGCCCACCAGAUGUUUUGGACUACAACUCCAGGCCAUGCUGGCUAGGCUGAUGGGCCCUAAACAUCUGGAGAGCACAAAGUUGGGAAAGGAUGCUCUAAUCAGGUAAUCACCCAGACGCUACAAUAUCUCAAUCAAGUUCGUAUAUGAAGAGCGUUGCUGAUAGGCGUGGUUUCUUUGUUUUUGGAAACAAAACCUGACUUAUUUAAAAGUUGAUCUUUGGCAGCCAAAUAGGCACUAAAUUAACAAUUUUUUAAAAAGCCAAACUGGGGUGGUUGAGCUUGAAUAUCUUUAGAGAGUAAUCCUGAACACACCAAAUCUGAGAGUAAAUCCCAUUUUUGUCGUUUGUUUUUACAGCUAGUAAAUUUAGAUUCCCAGACAAAGCAAGGAUUUUUCACAUUCCCAUGACACGCCAACCGUGUUUUAUGCUGUUAAAUCAUUUUGUAACUAACAGCCUACAGUUCUGGUUUAAUUGGUGCCUCAUUUUUAAAUUGUUUCCUUCGUGCAUUUUUACAUUUCCCCCCACUCCCCAGCUUGCGGUCUGAUUCUGUUACUACAGCCUUUAAAAAAAACCAACCCCAAGUUGAGAUUAUCCCCAAUUUUGUCUUAAUUCUGCAUUUAUCGAUCUAAUUUUGGUCCCAUUUUGUACAUCAAGUGCUUAUCCUGUGUUUCUCCCUUUUUUGGUUAAUCUGUGGUCUUUUUUUAUUUAUUUCCUAUUUUGUUCAAAUCAUGGAUUUAUUUUUUAGCAUUCCUCCAUUUUUUGGCCAAACUUAUUUUCAUUAAUCCAGAUUCUGUUUUGUCCAUUUUAAUAGUGUACUUGUAUUUCUUCCUAUUUUGUGUGUGUGCGUUUGUGCUGUGGUUUCCCCCUUAUCCUCCUUGCAUUUUUUUUCUCUGUUAAAUUUUUUUUUAUUUAUUUCUCCCAUUUUGUGCGGGGAAGGUAUUCAUCUGUGGUUUAUUUAUUUCUCCCUUCCCUGUUGUGGAUGCAUGUGAAACUUUGAAGGAAAAAUAAAAAGAAUUCUGCACCACACUUCACCACCUCUGUAUUGUGAGUUUUGAGUUUGGUUUUAUUUAUUUCUCAAUUUUUUAAAAAAUAAAAUGAGGCACUUUAAGCUUAGGAGCUGGGCUACGAGUCUGUUUUCACACCUCUGUUGCCCCCAAACACCUUGUUUUUAAGCUUUCCUCUCCCUGAAAUUUUGCACUGUAUGUUUGUAAAAGUUUGGAGUAUUAUUCAAAAUCCGAAUCAGAGAGGGAUCUAUGCAUUUCCUCUCUGCACCCCACUAUUACCUUUGUUUCUCAUUAACUCUGAGAAGCUGUAACUGUCCAUAACUUUCUACACUCAGGGGUGGUGGGAAUGUUCCUGAAAUUUAGAAUACUCAAGGAGAAAGGAGGCGGGGGGAUGAAUCUGGGCAAUUUUAUUAGCCUGCCUGUUUUACAUCAUUUCCAUUUGCUGCUAUAUGUUCAAAAGUGGAACUGCAACCUUUGAGGGCCGUGCCCCACGCUCCUGCAACCCCCACUGCCCGAAAUGAACAACAGCCCAAUCAGCUUGGUAGCUAAUGCACUUGUUUCUAAGGGACAUUGGGAAGCAAUACAUUUGAGUCAUGAAAACGUGCAUCUGGGUGAGGCAGCUGCCUCAGGCAGUCGGUUUUUGGGUGCCAUUUGGGAGGUUGCUUUGGGAGGCUGCUUUUAUGCAUGUAGUACAACCCUCUGCGAACAUCUCUGAGGAUCACCCUAGAAUUCUUCCUGGUGGUUUGUGCCCUGUGUGAAUGCAUGGGGGGCGGCUUGACUUGUGCCAGCCUUUAUUCUCUGCAACCCAGAGUACCACAGAAUAAUUGCACACACAGCUUCCAAGCAAAAAUAACACAUGUGGGCUCCGAAAUAAACACAGACCCACAGCUUUGAGGUGGGUUCCUGCUGCAUCAUAUGACAAAGAUCCCCUCUCCCAGAGGCUUCCCAGAGGUCAGCCACGGCAGUGACAAAAGUGUGUUCCACCUGCCUUACAUUAGUCUCAGUUCAAAAAGUAUCCUUCUGCUUAAUCUUUAAGCAUCUUCCUCCCUGACCUCCCAGCUGUGAGGCUCAGUUUUCCUUAUGAGGCACAAGAGUUUCCUCCCCAUGACGCCACUGCCUUCCCAUUCCUGGCACCCAUGUAAGGCGUCUGCCCUCAUUCAUCCCAUUCAUAACACAAGGGACUUUGGUAUUCGCUCUGUGGGUUUGAUGAUAACAUUUUUGUAGACCACCUCCUAAUGAGGAGGUGGCACAGAAAUAGAAACUAAACUUUGCCUUCUCCUAACCGCUGACUCCUAACUGGGAAGUUUUAAGUGUUUGUGGUGCACCCCAUACACUCUCCCCAGCCCCAGUGCGUUCCUUAAAGAACCUGAACGCUACUUAGAUAAGGAGAGGGCAGAGAAGAGGUAUUUUUUUCAAAGGGGUGGCGGGGUUUGAGCCCUCCCCACGCACUAACCCAAAUGGGAUCAACUGGAAGGCGUCCCAAUGAGAGUCUCAGAUAAAGGACAGCUCUGAAAAGUGUUGCCUGGUGUACAGUGACCAUUCAGUAAAGCAAAUGCUGGAGACAAAAAUGGGGGUGGGUUUUGAACAAUUUAAAAAAUAAAUAUACCCUGCCUUUCAGUUAAACACUAAUUUGGUUGCUGGCCUUACCUUGUGUGGAGUUUGUGUCUUUUUAGCACAGGACUAGGCUACUUGGGGGCUCGGAAGGCUCAGCCUGUUCCCUAAUGCAGCCACAGGGGAAAAUACACACAUGCACACUCUCUCUCUUAACUUUGUGUGAACAGCAGCAGAGGCUCAGCUUAAAAAGUUCUCCCCCUGAGCAUCUCGGUUGUGGGUGUGAGCCCAAGACGCAAGCAGCUAGGACCUUGAAGAGCGGAAGGGGAGAAUUCAAACUUAGUCAAUAUUUGAUCCUAUUUGGGGGUGGAGUGGGGGGUUGAAAAGUCCUUUUGCCACUGUUGGAGCCCAUACUAGAACGGGAGAGCCAAGGUUGCUGGCCCUUCAGCCAACUCCCAGCAUGGUCCUACUUGGACAUUAGUUGCACCAGGACUGCUGCUUUGUCAUAAUCACUGAUAAUUCCCCUUAUAUCCUGCCUUUCUCCUAUAAUGAAUAUAUGAAGCUACCUGAUUCCAAGUCAGGCUGCCCGUCUGCCCAGCUGAGUGCUGCAUAUUCUUGGCUGGCAUACUCUGGGCUCUGCAGGGUUGGGCCUAGUGCAUCCUCACCAUAUAGAUCCUUUAACUGGAGAUGCCAGAGAUUUUGAACCUGGGACAUUCUGCACGGGAGCCUCUAGGAAACACGUCACAUUUAAGUGGCUUUGCCUUCGGCGGGCAUUGUCGCUUGGUUAAAUGAAGGACAGGGUCUCCCCACCAAAACCCUACUGGUGGGAGUUGUUUGUCUAACACAUGCUCCUGUCUCUCUCUCUCUCUCUCUCUCUCUCUCUCUCUCUCCCCGUCUCCGUUCUUCUUUUUCCCCACCCGUUUUUUCUUUCGCACUCUCAUCCUUUGUUCACCAUUCUUCCCCUCCCUCCUUUGGUUGCUUGGGCUUGCCUUUUCUUUUCGGUUCUUCUCCCCUUUUCUCCUCCUCUCUCUUCCUCCUACCCCAGUCCAAGGAGCUGCAAAUUAAAAAGCAGUUCCAGGACACCUGCAAGAUCCAGACCCGACAAUACAAGGCCCUCCGCAACCACCUCUUGGAGACCACCCCGAAGAGCGAGCACAAAGGCAUCCUCAAGCGCCUGAAGGACGAGCAGACCCGCAAGCUGGCCAUCCUAGCUGAGCAGUACGACCACAGCAUCAAUGAAAUGCUCUCCACCCAGGCCGUAGGUACCCCCACCAUGACCCCCUGCCCCCGGGGAGAAGGAGGGAACUGACCCCUUUCUCCAUCAGUGAGGGGAGAGUUGUGUUCUCAUUAUGCUCUUAAAAAUCAAGCCCUUCCAGUGAGAGUAUCCCCCAUUCUUGUUCCCUUCAUUCCAAUCUGUGAGAGUAUUUUGCAAAUAGAGCCCUUCUGGGUGAAUUAACUUGUUUCAUCUACAGUGGUACCUUGGUUCUUGAACUUAAUCCAUUCCGGGAGUCCACUCGACUCCCAAAACCAUUAGAAAACCAAGGCGCGGCUUCCAGUUGGCUGCAGGAACUUCCUGCACUCAAGCGGAAGCCACGGCGUAUGUUCGGCUUCCGAAAAACGUUCACAAACCAGAACACUUGCUUCCGGAUUUGCGGUGUUCAGGAGCCGAUUUGUUCGGCGACUAAGCCGUUUGGGAACCAAGGUUUGACUGUACUUUUGCGGAGGGCACAGAAUUUGGGCUUCCUUAGUGCAGUUUAUGCAGCUCUAGCUAGUAGUGAGGGACCCCACCUAAAAGAUGGUGUUGGUUUUAGGCCACUUAACUGUCAUGCUUCCUUCAACGCCACCAAAAAAGAAUCCUGAGAAGAAGAGUUUGGUGAGGGAUGCCAGCAGUACUCUGAGAGCUCAAGCUCACCUUGCCAAACUACAAUUCCCAGGGUUCCAUGAGAAGGGGGAUGGAUCGCUAAAACACUGAGUUUGUAGUAUGGAUGUGUCCUAGGUCAUACAAUGCUCCUGGUGGUGCUUCACCAUCUCAUAUUUCUUCCUCACUCAAAAGCAUCCUUUUGAGGUUGGUCGGUCUUAGUUUUUUAUUUACUGAGGCUGAUGGAGACCCACUUAAGCAAAGCUACCUAGUGAGAGUGGUGACAGCCGAGGUAGAGCUUGACCUCUUGAGUACAAAGGGCCCAAGGAUCAAUAUGCCACCUGUUAUGCAACAAUAAGGUGUGCCCCCUUUUCCCAGGUGUGUCUCAUGUGACUCUCACACCUGCUAGGCAGAGGUUCCACAGGUGUUGCUUCUCUUUAGAAGUGAGAAGGCUCUUCUUCACCUACUGAUUCUCCACCCCCACCCCCCGUCUUACCAACCUGCCACGCAGAAGCUCCAUUUUGAUCUAUGAACUGCCCUGUGGUCCUUGGAUGAAAAACAGUAUAUUGAUUAACUUAUUACUAAAUAAUAGCAACAAUAACAGUAAUCAACCUGGUGCCCAUGGGUUCUCCCCCGUGACAGCAUUACAAAGCAGGGUGGGGGACCGGUGUUUUAUUUUUUACUGUUCGGGGACAAAGCCAAACGUGUCUGAGCCCUGCUUCAGAAGCUGCUGCUGCUGCAACUCUGGGAGAGGCCUUGUGGCCGUGUUGGGUGAAGAGCGUCAGUCUCUCUCUCCAGAAACAGCCACCCUCUCCCUCAGUCAGCCCUGAGCCUGCUGUGUGCCCCUUCUUUAUCUCUUCCUUUUCUCCCCCCUCCCAGCUGCGGCUGGACGAGACGCAGGAGGCAGAAUACCAGGUCCUGCGGAUGCAGCUGCAGCAAGAACUGGAGCUGCUCAACGCCUAUCAGAGCAAAAUCAAGAUCCACACCGAGGCGCAGCAUGAACGGGAGAUCAAGGAGCUUGAGCAGAGGGUAUCCAUCCGCCGGGCACUGCUGGAGCAAAGAGUACGUGCAAACAGCCUUCCUCCUCCUCCUCUUGGAAAACCCACGGUCCUGGUUCCUUAACCCACAGCACCAACCUCUCAGACCUACACGCCUCUCCCCUCUUGCCUGUCUCACCCAGAUGGCUAGAAGUGUUAGUUUCCCCCUGGUUCCAAGCUCCCAAAAUACUAACCCAUGAUCCCAAAAGGCAUCCAUCCUUCUGAGGCCGCCUUGCACCAGAUCUUUUAAUUGGGAUUGAAAGCCUUCACGGCUGCCUUCUCUAUUUCUCUCUCUCCCCACCCGCAAAAGAGAACCAGAGUUCUUGUGUGAACUGCGCUGGGCUUUGUUAAUGGAAUUCCCGGAGCUCCUCAUGAAAGUGCACUCUGGGAAAGGGAGAGCCGGGAUGGUUUAAACAGCUUUCGUAUUGAUUGCGAUGCAAGUCAGCCCUCCUUAAAAGCUCGGGGAAGGGCGGACUUGAUGGACUUGCUGUAAGGUGAAUAAUGGAGAGGGAUCGAGAGCUACAGUCGAAAGCCCAUUACACGUUCAUUAGGAAGAGAUGAGGUAUUGGGGUCCUCCUGUGUAGGUUAGUCCGAAGGGUCUGGUGGUGGCUGGCGGUAGGGCUAGGCGAUACCUGGUUUUCAACGCUGCAAUAUAUCACUUUGCAAUAUACAGAUAUAUCACAAUGUCUGAAAUAAGGGUGGAACUAUGUAGAUGAUACAUUGCCUGGCCUCACGGUUUUUCCCAGCAUUGUGAUUUUUGCAUAGCAUGCGCACACGCACAUCAUGAUUUGCAAAACCUUGCCAAGUCAAAAAUUAUGAAACUGAUUGCACGAUACAGACUUCAAACCGGUUUUGGAUGAUAUAUCACCCAGCCCUAGCCAGCCAUAAGGCUCCUCAGCGAGGAUGAGGAUUCUGCAACCCGACAGAUGCUUUGGACUCCCAAUAACUACAGCCAGCAUGCACAGUGGCCAGGAAGGGUCAGAGUCCAGCAGUGUCUGAUUUCCUCACCCCUGGUUUUGAGACCUGGUUUGUCCCAUCCUGGGUUGACACUCUCUUCCUCCUUAACCAAACCCAGGAGUCCCUGCUGUUGCUUCUCUAAGCCUCAGUAGCCAUUUUCUUUAGCUAACUGGGAAGUCCAACCCCACUGUCCCAAUAGCAAUAUUUAUACAAGACAUUUUAUAAAAAAGAAAGCUGUGUUCCCAUUAUUAUACGACCUGCCUCCCAGGUACUCCUGACCACAGACGUUGCAGCCUUAGAGUACUGGCAAGGAAGUCGAUCUUAUGCGCGCUUACUGGAGAGCAAGCUCCAUGGAGCUCACAGGGGUCUACUUCUGAUGCAGCAGGCGUCGGGUCGCAUUCUGAGCAUUUGCUCAGAGAGCUCUUCUGGGCUCUCAGCAUGGCAGAGUCUUACAAAAAGAACUUGCCAAAAUGCUUGCUCUGUGCUAAGGGUUUUAAGCUGCUAGCAUGGAAGACGUAGUCCAGCAACAACCUGCAUGGCUGUCGGUUCCCCAUUUCCCUUCUAAACUCUGUGUGUGUGUGCUUAUUUAAAUUUUUUGCCUUUGUCACCCUCUAGAUCGAGGAGGAGAUGUUGGCCUUGCAGAACGAGCGAUCUGACCGCAUCCGGAGCCUCUUGGAGCGCCAAGCCCGGGAGAUUGAGGCCUUCGACUCGGAGAGCAUGCGCCUGGGCUUCAGCAACAUGGCGCUCACAGGCAUUCCAGCUGAAGCCUUCAACCAAGGCUACACUGCCCCCCCUCAGCCCUGGCCCUCCCGCCCCGUCCCCCGCAGCGGCUCCCACUGGAGCCACGGCGUCCAGAACACAGCCGGGGCCCCCCACGCGUGGCGGCAGCCCCCCAUGCUUGCCCCGCCCCCUUCGGCUUGGCUCCACCCUCCUUCCUCCUCCCCUUCCUCCUCCUCCUCCUCCACGUCAUCCGCCCCUGGGGGCCGCUCCAAUGUGGUCAUGCUGAGGAACAGCCCCCAGCCGCUGCGGCGCACAGCUUCUGGAGGCCAGUCGGACCAGGGCAUCAGCCGCUCGGCCAGCGUCACCUCCCACAUCCUCAACGGGUCGCACUUCUCCUACUCGUGA